AUGGCGGAUGCCAGGAGCAGCCUCGAGCGCAACCACUCUGAUGCCGCUGUGUCGAAGAAGCCUGUUAAGGGGUCGUUGCAGAAUCGUACGCCUGAAUGCUUAGUACAACCAAUUAUCGCCUUUUACUGCUUCCUCGGCGUCAAUAUACUGGCUGCCGCCUACAGUCCUAUUCAGGAUUGCGAUGAGACGUAUAAUUACUGGGAGCCAACCCAUUACUUGACACAUGGAUAUGGCUUUCAGACAUGGGAAUAUUCACCCGUAUAUGCGAUUCGAAGUUGGCUUUAUAUCAGCUUUCAUGCCAUCAUUAUCAAGUUUGGGUCGCUCUUGCCAUUUGUCUCUACCAAGACUUCAGAGUUCUAUCUCCUCCGCGGAGUAUUUGCCCUAAUAUGUUCUGGUUGUGAGACGCGGUUGUUCUAUAUUAUUUCAAGGUCAUUGAACCCCAGAAUCGGGAUCAUCUUUGCCCUAGUCAUGCUCUCGAGUCCGGGCUUGUUCCAUGCGUCCGUAUCCUACCUACCUUCCAGCUUCACCAUGUAUUCAACGAUGCUGGGAAUGGCGGCUUUCAUGGACUGGAAAGGAGGGCUCAAAACAGCUCAGGGUAUCUUCUGGUUUGCAGCUGGGGGUUUUGUUGGCUGGCCAUUUGCUUCACUAUUGAUGCUUCCCUUUCUGGCUGAGGAACUGUUGCUUGCUUGCUUAAGCCGGCAAGGAAUCGAAACCGUUACCAGAAUAGUAGAUGGCACUGUAAGAUCUCUGCUUGCACUUGCCUUGGAAGUUUGCAUUGAUUCGUAUUUCUACAAAAAGCUUGUUGCAGUGCCAUUCAAUAUUGUUUGGUAUAACGUGCUCGGCGGGUCCAGCAAAGGACCUGACCUGUACGGCGUUGAGCCAUGGCACUUUUAUUUGCGUAACCUACUUCUCAACUUCAAUAUCUGGUUUAUUCUUGCUCUCAGCGCCCUGCCACUGCUCUUUCUACAGUUCCAUUUCAGUCAUAGCUCGACUUCAACCCAAACUAGACUUCGAAAUUUGGUAUUCGUACUGCCAUUCUAUAUCUGGCUGACCGUUUUCAGCGUUCAACCUCACAAAGAGGAAAGAUUUAUGUACCCCAGCUAUCCCUGCUUGGCAGUCAAUGCGGCAAUUUCUCUUCACAUUUUGCUCUCUGCCAUGGGAAGUUCAAAUCCAAGAGCUAUUUUUUCUCGAAUUCCACCAAAAUUAAAAUUGGCUCUGGCCACGGCCUUGGUCCUUGUGGCUAUUGAUGCCGGAGCUUUAAGAGCCGUCGGCAUUGUUACAGCUUACUCGGCGCCGCUGAAAAUCUACGGACCCCUUCAUGGGCUGAUUCCUACACGACCGGGCGAUACUGUUUGCUUAGGUAAAGAGUGGUACAGAUUCCCCUCGUCCUAUUUUUUACCUCAAGGAGUCCGGGCAAAAUUCAUCAAGAGCGAAUUUGCAGGACUGCUCCCAGGAGAAUUCAGCGAGGCGUCGCACGGUUUCGGCGUUUUUGCUGGCACUUACCUUGUGCCUCCUGGAAUGAAUGAUGAGAAUAAGGAAGAUUUUGGAAAAUAUACUGAUUUAUCUCAUUGUUCCUUCUUGGUGGAUUCCUAUUUUCCCGAAUCACAGACGACUGAACUUGAGCCUCAUUAUGUUCUUGAAAAGCAAAAAUGGGAGGAGGUCAUCUGUGUCAGUUUCCUUGACGGCGCUCGCACCAGUCUUUUGGGUCGUACUUUAUGGAUCCCGGGCAUUUCUUUGUUGCCCGAAAGAUUUCAAAGAAAAUGGGGUCGUUACUGUCUGCUCCGUCGCCGACACGAAUUUGCAGAUCCCACACUAUCAAGGUCAAAAACUCACGGAGAUCAAGGCUAUGUUUCUAGUGAUUUUAAGCGGCCUGUAGCAUCGCCGUACCCUGGUUGGAGUGUAGAGACUACCAAGCCGCUACCGUACAGGCCCUUCAGAUAUGGCCCGAAAUAUCACAUUACUAUGGGGCUGCGCACUAUGCAAUGGGAUGACUGGAUAGAGCUUGACAACCAAUUUCGUAAAUUCCACUCAGAGAAGGCUCGACGAAUAAAAGAGCGUGGUAAUAAAUGUUGCAAGACAGCUCCAGUCGCGUUCGAUGGUGCUGUGGAAUUACUCGAGGAGUUAUGCGAUUACCUACCACAGCGUUAUCCUAGUCUCUUUCGAAAGACCCCAGCCGGAAUGGACAAUUUAUUAACAAAGGAGUCAUUCAACAUCUUCCAGCGGCCACUUUCUGAAGACCCAAUGGCAAUGGCCGCACGGAUGGUUCAGGAUGAUUUAGCGAUUAUGUUCGAAGGACCAGAUGGUCAGUACUAUCUUCUUGCUGGAGCUAUACUUCUUGCAGGAUUUUGGCGGCUCGAAGAUAAGUUUGGGAUGCCCUUGUCUGAAAUACACACUUCAGGCGACGUUCCCGGAUUCAAAGAGAAGUUAGAGAAAGGCAUGAACAACUUUUUCCGACGAGUGAAACCUGAGUCCCCAGUACUGCGCAACAAUUAUUUCAUCCAAGUCGAUGAUAAUUUAGCCUGGAGUAAGAGUAUCGGGGACGAGGAUGCGCAGGGAAUUGGGUGGAAUACUGCCGAGAAAGACCAGGCAAUCCAGCACCACUGGUUUAGGAGUGAACGCCAAAGCUUGAGAAGGCUACCACGCUCCGGCGGCGUGGUGUUUACGAUCCGAACGUAUUUUCACCCUAUCAAAGAGAUAGCUGAGGAACCUUUCGUCCCGGGCAGAUUAGCAUCCGCCAUCCGAAGCUGGGGCGACGACGUGGCCAAAUAUAAAGGACGAGAAAAAUAUGGUAAAGUACUGCUGGAAUACCUGGACAAGAAAUCCGAAGAGCAGCAAGCACGUGGUCUAGUCGAUCACGGGGGGGAGUUUAAUUCGUAUCCAUUUUGA